AUUUUUAAGUGUAUAACAUGUAGGAUAUAUAUUCACAUUAUUAAGUAACAUAAGUAAAUUUGAAUGAACAAUUGUUUCUUUUUUGAGAAGCACGUGUUAGUUUGAAAUUAUAAAAAUGACAAAAAUUAGAAAGGUGAAGCGUAGAAAGAAAUAUCGUAUGAAUGUAAAUCGUAAGCGAUUACGAAAUAAAUUAUACAAAUUACCUACAAUAACAUGUGCUCAAAUAAAACAGUCGUGGGAUAUAACUAAAUCCACACGAACUAAUUUAAAUCAAAUGGGAUUAGCAUAUGAUCCAAAUGAAACUUUAAAGAUACCCAAUACAAAAAAAGAACUUAUUGACAAAGUUUCAAAAUGGAAAGUCGAGGAAAAUGAUGAAAAUAAAUUGCAGAAUGAAGAAGAUACUGAAAUGACAUCAGUAAAAAUGCAUGUAGCACAAGAACUUGAAACAGAGGCAAAAGCUCCAAGAAGAAGGAUGUUUAGGUUACCAAAUAGUCAAGUUCAUUUUCUUACCUAUUUGAUGGAUAAGUAUGAAGAAAAUUAUAAGGCUAUGGCAUUAGAUAGAAAGAAUUAUAAUCAAUUAACUUGGAAACAAAUACGUGCUAAAAUUAAGAUAUUCAAAGGUAUCCCUGAGCAAUACAAUGAGUAUCUUCAGAAUAAAAAUACAUAACAUGAUUCAUAAUAUAAUUCAUUAAUUUCUUAGUGUUUAACACAAAUAUAUUUCAAUUUUCAUACAAAUUGGUAUAUAAAGUAUCAAAGUAUAAAAUUAAUAAAUUAAUAUUCUUAUUUAGGUAAGUACAAAAACAAUAGACAAGAAAAAUUAAUACUUAUUACAACAGAUUUAUAUAAAUAUGUGUAAUACUAUUCACUGUAAAUGAAUAAAAUAGAUUUAUAUUUCUAAA